AUUAAUGGUAGAGCGAGCGGCUUUGAUAGGUUUUCGUAUCGUCGAAAUAACGCAGAAUUAGUUGAAGUUAAACAAGGGAGUCGUCGCAGUUGAAGAAUUACGUAGAUCACUUACAUACAGGAGGAACAUCCGACUGAUGCUUGGGAACAACAUAUUUCAUCUGUUGUGUCAGCCUGAGAGUGAAUAGCCAACAUGAAAACCAGAUCUAGUAGCAGAGGCAGAGGGGAAAGCUGUUCAGUCAAGAGGACGAAUGAAUCAAGAGGAUGUGCAUCAGACAUCAGUCAAAGUGCACAGCAUGAUAAUACAAAUUCUAACAGAAGUUUUAUAGAAUUGACCAAAAACAGCAGGAAAAGAAGGCAUUCUGAUGUUACAUGUAGCAGUAAGAAGGCAGCGACUAACUACCACGAAGAAUUGGAACAUGCCAGUAAGCAGGACCAGCUUACAAAUGUUCUAAAUAAAACAGUGUCAGUGGUGCUAGAGCCAUUUGAUAUGGAGAAGAAUAUGCAGGCUAAAGUUGCAAAUCGCAAUAAAAAGAAAUGCAUCAGAGAUGUCAAAAUAACUACUAAGAGUUCAAAUGGUUGCAGCACAGAAAAUCAAGAGAACUCGACAACAGGAAGCAUGGACUCUCGAAGCAGUGAAAGAUGUUUGCAGAAAUCUACUCAUCAUGAUGGCAAAGAACUACAUAAUAGUGAUCAGAAGAAUGUAGCAUCCCUCAGCUUGAGUCAUGAUGAUGACCAGGGGUUGUUGGAGAGUUCGACCCAUCAGAGCAGAAGACAGUUGUGGGAUGCUUCCCACAAAAUGAGUUCAGAAUUUCGUCGAGAACGCCGUAAAAUAUAUAAGAAGCCAGUUUGUAUAUGUUGUGUAGGAAAAGAUAACAACAGUGGAAAUGAAAUAAGAGUUCCAUGUGAUGGCUUGAAGGCAAAACAUAACAAACAUAUGGAGAAGAGCAUCAGAAAUAGUGAUGUAAAUAGAGCAGCCAGUAGUACCCAAAAAAGAAAAACUGUUGUGGGUGCUUCUCACAGCAAAGUGAAAGAUGCUGAUUAUCAGUAUGGAGGCAGACCACUAACUACAGAGCACAGCAGUACAAGCUCUGAAACUAUCACAACGCUCAAGAUGAUGAGUGAAGUAUUUAAAGAUGGCCAGUCAUCCAGAAACAGAGAGAUUAUUAACAGCCACAGUAGUAGGAGGUCAGUCACACCAACUUCAUGUUCUGUAGCCACAGCACCUUUGCAGAUGAGAGACAGUGCAGAUUCACAACCUGCACAUGCACUUACAGAUUUAGAAAUGCACCCAUACUUGCGUCGACGGUCAGCAUCAGCGCCUCCUCAGUUACAGUUGGGUGACACUUUUCGAAAAACUGUUGAUGAGUUUGCGCAUUUACUUCAGGAUGUGGCAGCACAUCUGCAGAAAUGUGCUAAUAGAGUUGGUGAUACAUUAAGUGACCAAAGUUUUGAGCAUAUGGUAGCUAGCGUUUCUCACUCGGUGUCCAGCUGCACAUGCCAUUCACCUAUCGGAUGUUUACUAUAUAGCAUUCAUAUUAUGAAUGCAUUAAAAAGUAGACUGUCUGCAGAAUUAAAUGUGAUUUCACUAUCCAAUGGUGAUGCAGUACAGCCAGCAGCAGCAGGCACGCAAUCAAAUGGGAAUUUAAUGGGAAGAUUCCAUCUAGAAGCAAGCAUCAAAGAGAGGAACAAUACAGAAGCCAGUAUAGGAGGUAGUAUAUCUGAGUCUGCACCUCAGUGUGAUGCCACAACAUUAACAACGAAAUCCAGAAAUAUAGUGUCAACUGCUGAGACCUGCAUAAGCACAUCACACAGCACUUCUCUCACUGAAGAGACAAACGACACACCAUCACCAGUAGGUAGCACUGAUAAUGCUUAUAUUGAAGCAAGUAUCGGAGAAACAGCCCAACUGGAAGCAAACACAAAAGAGAGUACCAGCACAAUAACAUGUAUAACAGAAGGCAGUGUCUCAAAGUCAGCAUCAGAAUAUGGUGCAACGUCAUCAUCAGUUGAGCCCAUAAUCAUGGUGUCAGCUGCUGGGACAUUUACUAGUACUAGUUCUUCACCCACUGGAGGCCCAAAAGAAAUCCUGGACCUACAUGGAGUGGAUACUGUAGUUUCUGAUCAGAAUAAUGGAAAUGGCAGAGUGGAUGAUAGAACAGGGUGUGCCAGCUCCAAGAGUAAUUUAAUGUGUGGGAGUGCAGAACGAGAACAAGAUGGUGAACAGAAUACUUUUGACUCCGUAUCUCUCUCUAUGGAAGAGAUUGAAAUAAAGGAAGAAGUUGAAACUUCAGAAAGUGACAGUGAAUCAGAGUUGUCUGAAAAACAGUACUCACAAAAUGAGGCAGAAUCUGAUGCAGGUAGUUGUGGUCCUGAAGGGGAUGAGACAGACAGAGAUGAAAAUAUGGUUGAGGUUGAGUGUAACAUUGUCGAGGCCUCAGAUCUAAGUAACCACACCGGAAAUGAAUCACAUAUGAAAGAUCUGAGAAUGGAGGCACAGCAUGAAUAUGACAAUAACAGCACAGAAAAUGAUGUUGCUGAGGGUGCUACUAGUAAUGGAGCGAAUACUGCUCCUGCUGUCAACAGGGGAGAUGAUACUGAUGCAGUCAACAAUACUGGAUACAGUGUAAGUGGGGAUGAUGAUGGUGAUGUGGAUUAUGGUGGCAACAGAAAUGAAGAUAAUGUUGAGGACACAAUUGAUGAACGGUAUGGUGGCCACAUUAAUCAAGAUAAUGUUGGGGACACUACUGCUGAACGAGUUGUUGCUCAAGGUAAUGAUGAUGGUAUUGAGGACACUGACACUGAAGUCAUUGGUGGCCACAGUGCUGAAGGCAGUGUUCAGGACACCAGUGCUAGUAAGUGCGGUGAUGGCCAUGGUACUGAAGAUGGUACUGGGGAUGCCAAUGCUGCCGGGGAUGAUGGCAACGGAAAAGAAGACAAUGUUGGAGAUGCCAAUGAACCUGAGUUAAUUGAUGGCGCUCAGUAUAAUAAUCGUUGGGAAUUUGUUGAACAGCCUUAUGGUGGUGGUUAUGCAGGGCCUUACUAUGAAGAACUGUAUGACCCUGAUGUUGUGGCUGUCCAUGCUUUGGUAAGCACUGUGCGACAUUGGGAUGGUUUGCCAGAAGGCUAUUUUUCUAAGCAGAUUGAAAUUAGAGUAUUUGGCGGAGGCGUCUGGCAAGUUUAUCAGAUACCUAAUCAUCGUUAAUGCUACUAGUAAUGCAGCCAAUAUUGCUCCGGCUGUCAACAGUGGAGAUGUUACUGAUGCGGUCAGCAAUACUGGAUAGAAUGUAAGUGAGGAUGGUGAUGGUGGUAAUGAAAACAUUGUUGGGGAUGCUGGUGCCACCGAGGAGGGUGACAACAGAAAUGAAGACAACGUUGGAGAUGCCAGAAAGAAUACUGGUGCUAGGAACAACACACAUGGCUCUUUGGUGGGCAGCAUUCUGGUGGUGGUUACAUGGAAUGUGACCAUCGCCAAUUUCAGGACCCAACGUCGUGAUUGUCCAUGGACUGUGUGAUGAAAAAUACUAAUUGUAAAUGGUAAUUCAGUGUAGAAAAUUGUGUCUGGCAAGUGUAUCAUAUACCAGGAUUUUAAAUGUUCCUACUUUUUAUUAAUAUUGAAUCUGGUGCCAAAGACUUAGAAUGAAAAAGAAUUCUAUGACAAUUUAAGAAUUGUAUAUGUCUUAAAGAAUACGUUAAAUACAUUUUCAAUAAAGUCCCCGUCUGUGUUUCUAA